AGCUUCUGCUAUCUUUGACGAAAGCGUUGUCAAAUGUCUAAGAUAUUUGUGUGUGUACUGUGUAGUAACAACUUAGUACGAUGUUCUAGAGAAUUCUCGAGAGAACGUAGAGAGAUGAACAAAUAUAUCUAAUAUCUUACUGAAAGGUUUCUGGGUACCUAGUGCUGUUGUGUCGUUUGAAACUUUUUUUCAGUUUGCAAUUAGUGCGAGCGUGUGUAAGAAUUUUUUUUUUUCUUAUUUGCGGUAACAUAAUCACAAAAGGAAAAUGUCUUAUAUGUUAGGACACCUUCACAAUGGAUGGCAGGUAGACCAGGCCAUCUUAUCAGAGGAAGACAGAGUUGUGGUAAUACGUUUCGGCCAUGACUGGGAUCCAUCUUGUAUGAAAAUGGAUGAAGUAUUGUACAGUAUAGCAGAAAAAGUGAAAAACUUUGCAGUUAUAUACCUGGUAGAUAUAACAAAGGUUCCCGACUUCAAUAAAAUGUAUGAACUGUACGAUCCAUGUACAGUAAUGUUCUUCUUCCGGAACAAACACAUAAUGAUUGAUCUGGGCACUGGUAACAACAAUAAAAUAAAUUGGCCACUGGAAGAUAAGCAGGAGAUGAUAGAUAUAAUAGAAACAGUGUAUCGUGGUGCAAGGAAAGGAAGAGGUCUUGUAGUGUCACCAAAAGACUAUUCAACAAAAUACCGUUACUAAUUUUUCUUUGUGUGCAGUGGUAUAGAUCUGUGUAACACGAUAACAGCGGUCUCUCUCUCUCUCUCUCUCUCUCUCUCUCUCUCUCUCUCUCUCUCUCUCUCUCUCUCUCUCUCUCUCUCUCUCUCUCUCUCUCUCUGUGUGUGUGUGUGUGUGUGUGUGUGUGUGUGUGUGUGUGUGUGUGUGUGUGUGUGUGAGAGAGAGAGAGAGAGAGAUGGUGAUGCCUUACAGUGUCUGCAAGUAUUUUUUAUUUACUAUAAUGGAAACCAUUAUAUUUAUACUUACACACUUUGUUUUAAAGGUGUAUUUGUUGUGUUCAAUAAAAUCUAUGUAAGUAUUAUAUAUAA